AUGGCCUGUGCGCACGGGGGAGAGCCCGUGGACCCCAGAGGGGAGCCGCAGGCUCUGGAGCAGGACUGGCACCAGCGGAUUUUUGUCAACCGCAGCCUGGCGCUGGGGAAGAUUUGCUGCUUUGGCUUCGACAUGGACUACACUCUGGCUGCCUACAAAUCCCCGGCCUUUGAGACGCUGGCCUUUGAGUUGCUGCUGGAGCGCCUGGUGUGCGUCGGGUACCCGCACGAGAUCCUGCGCGACACCUACGACCCCACCUUCCCCACUAGGGGGCUGGUGUUCGACACGCUCUAUGGAAACCUGCUGGAGGUGGACGCCCAUGGGAACACGCUGCUGGGCACCCAUGGCUUCUUCCUCCUCUCGGACCACCCCCUCCCCAGGGCAGAGAUUUGGAGCUUCUACCCCAGCAAGUUCAUUCCGAGGGAUGACCUGCAGCGGUUCCACAUCCUCAACACAGUCUUCAGCCUACCUGAAACGUUCCUCUACGCCUGCCUGGUGGACUUCUUCUCCGGCUACUCCCGCUAUAUCAACCUCCCUCUUACCUGACCCUGCUGUGACACUGGCUAUCAGCAUGGGAACCUCUUCAUGUCCUCAAGCCUCUUCCAGGAUGUGACGGAUGCCGUGGAUAACGUUCACCAUUCAGGCUGUCUCAAGGAGAAGACCCUGGAGGACUUGGAGAAAUACGUGGAGAAGGAUGCACGAAUCCCCAUCCUGCUGGGCAAGAUGAAGGCGGUUGAGAAAGUGUUCCUGGCCACCACCAGCAGCUACAACUACACCCAUGCCAUCCUGACCUACCUGUUUGGCACUGGUGAGGUGAGUGAGGCCACAGCCAGGCCCUGGGGGUCCUCCUUCCACCUGAGCGUGGUGGACACGCAGAAGCCCCGCUUCUCUGCGGAGGAAACGGGGCCGAGACGGGUCACCAGGGUAAGGCAGGGGCCGAGGCCCGACACAGGCAAGCUCCGUGUGGGCACCUCCACGGGGCCCCACUGGCACUGUGCUGUCUGCUCUGGAGGCUCGUCGGACAUGGUGUGCGAGCUGCUCGGGGUGCGGGGGAAGGACAUCCUGUACAUCGGGGACCACAUCUUUGGGGACAUCCUCAAGUCUAAGGAGUGGCAGGGCUGGCGGACUUGCCUGGUGGUUCCUGAUCCUUCCUGGGAGCUGGACAUCUGGGACCGAGAGAAGGAGCAAAUGGAGGAGCUGAAGAGGCUGGACAUGUGAUUGGCAGACCUGUACCAGUACAUGGGUGAUAGCAGUUACGGGCUGCAAAUCAUCAACUCCACCAAGAGGAAGAUUCGGAUGCCCCAUGAGUCAGCAAUGGAGCAAGAACGGGUCAAUCUGGGUCCCGCCUCCCACCUUCUCUCCUGCAGCCAGAAGGUUGUGACCUUAAAAGGAGAGCAUGCCUUCCACUCCCUCGCUUCCCCGUUCCCAGCGGCCGCCACGUGA